GUCUACCAUCUUGCUUAAUUUCGCUAUCGAUGUCUAUUGUUUGAAACUUUCAAACAUCGUUUUUUGACAGAAGCACUGCUCAGUCUAGCGAUAUUUUUGCAAAAAUAACGAAAAAUGAAUAUCUGAAUCGAGAUAAUAACGGAAUUCAAAUUUUCUAUUUUCGGCUGGCGUUAAAUUUUUCCCCCGAGUUUUAUGCGUGCACCUCACAAUUUGCUACUAUGAACGACGCGGACGAUGUUAUGACAAGUAUAUACGAUAUCUUGCUGCACUUACGAUAUCCACACAUCACUAACGCGGAGUCAAAGGACUUGGAGGCGACGAUUCUCAGCGGCGAAAAUCGAGUGUGUCUACUUUCCUGGCUCCUGACAGAGAAAUCGCCGGCAAUUGUCGCCCAUUUGGAAAAGUUGAAGAAUGCUGCUUUGGAAGAUCAGUUGUUCGAGUAUUACUCUCAGAUUGGAAUUUGCAGCAACAAGGAUGUAUUACUGGGUAAAUGUUCCCUGAAGGAGCAACUGCCAACUUUAAGAUUAUUGCUAGACUUUAUGAGAAAGGUAUACGCGAAACCUAUUGCAAGUACAAAUGAGGCAGAAGAACUUACGGAUAUUAUUAAGUUAUGCGUUGAUGCUGACCAAACAUCCUCUCUUUCUGUCGUUAAACCAAAAAUAAGUUAUGCAGAAGCUAUUAAAUACUUUGAAAAAAGCGAGAGAGAAACGUUGAAUAAUGAUUGCGAAGAAAUUAGAACCAACUUGCCCGAUGGCUUGCCCGAUGUAGAGACUGAUGAUAGACUGAUUAACGAAGAACAGGAUGAAUUAUUUGACAAAGAGAAAGAGAAGUUUGUGGAAGCGUUUCAUACAGUUUCAUCUUGGCCAAUGAAAGUCAGGAAUUUAGACAAAGAUGUGUCUGAUUCUAUUUGUUCGAACAUUAAGAGUAUAUGCUCCGAUUUUUCCUCUUUGAAAAAGAUACUGCAAGCGAAAGAAGAGAUAUCGAAUGUAAAAUUAGCGAAGGAAUUGCCGAAGACUGUCGCACCUUUAAAUGCAAUUAUAGAAGAUAUAGUAAUUUGUAACGAGGAAUUUAUGAAUCUGCAAUAGCAUUGAAUAAUCUGAUUUAUGUAAUGUAAGAACGGAAUUGUCUAUAAUUUAUAUAAUUGUACCACAAACGUGUCAUAGAUAUUAUUAAUUUAGGAGGGAGACGUUUUGAUAAAUAAGAAUGAAAUAAAAUAAUUAUGUAAGUUUUUAA